UAAACUCAAUAUGUUUCACCACCAGAUCCACCGCUCGUUCAACACCAUCAACAAUAACCACCAAUUACACCUUCCGAAUCUGUAACAUCUCCUCGAAAUCACGGGCCCUGGCCGGUGGUCCUCUCCGCCCACACUCAGGCCCUCCCUAAUGACACUAAUGUAGAGGGUAAUGAGCGCACCACACCACCCUAUAGCCUUAUAACCUUUGCACCAGUUACUAAGCGGAACACAUAUUCUCAAAGUGAUUGACACACACAUGAAACUCCCUCCUUUCCAUACUUCAUUCUCCACCCUAUCUAGACCCACAUGGAAUUCUUCACAAACCACUCUCCUCAUCAAAAACCCAACUCUAUUGGCUAUAGAAUCAUGCAAUUCAAUGCCCAUGUUGAAGCAAAUUCAUGCACAAAUGACACGAACAGGCCUCAUUUUUCAUGUAUUCCCAUUAAGCAGACUCUUAACCUUCUGUGCAUUAUCCGAAACAGGAGACCUACCUUAUGCUCAACGCCUGUUUAACCAGUUCCCUAACCCCAACGUUUACAUGUGGAAUAUCAUGAUCAGAGGGUAUUUAAAAUCACAAUUGCACGUAAAAGGUUUGUCUUUGUUUCGUUUAAUGGUUCGGAAGUGUGUCGAAUUGGACCGGAGGAGCUUUGUGUUUGGUUUGAAGGCGUGUGAGGGUUUAGGGGUUGGGGAAUCGGUGCAUUGUUUGAUUUGGAAAGUGGGAUUUUGUUGGGAUUUGGUUGUGCGGAAUGGGUUGGUUCAUUUUUAUGGGGAGAGAGGGCGGUUGGGUUGUGCACGCAAGGUUUUCGAUGAAAGUCCUGAGAGAGAUGUUGUUUGUUGGACUAGUUUGAUUAAUGGGUAUGUGAAGCAAGGGAUGUCGGAUGAGGGGUUGCGAGUUUUUGAAUUGAUGAAAGGUAGUGGGGUUGAGCCUAAUGAGAUCACGAUGAUCGCCGUGUUUUCUGCGUGUUCGCAGAAAGGGGAUUUGGAGUUGGGGAAGUCGGUUCAUGAUUAUGUUAAAAGGAUGAAUGUUAACAUGAGUCUUAAUUUGAUGAAUUCGGUGUUGGAUAUGUAUGUUAAAUGCGGAUCUUUGGUUACUGCAAUAGAGAUUUUUGAGAGUAUGAGAAUCCGGGAUGUUUUCUCGUGGACGAGUAUGAUUAACGGGUAUGCUAAGAAUGGGGACUUGGUUAUGGCAAGGAAGGUGUUCGAUGAAAUGCCUGAGAGAAAUAUUGUAUCGUGGAAUGCGAUGAUCGCAGGCUAUUCUCAAAACAAUAAACCAAAGGAAGCUCUAGAAGUCUUUUAUGAAAUGGAAAAUGCAGGUUUGGUUCCUUUAGAGAGCACUUUAGUAUGUGUGCUCUCUGCUUGUGCUCAAUCGGGUUGCUUGGAUUUAGGUCAAUGGUUGUACUCUAAUUACUUCACGCGAACACGUAUUCAUCUUACGGUAACACUAGGAAAUGCGUUUAUAGACAUGUAUGCCAAGUGUGGGAACAUUGAUGCAGCGGUAGAGCUCUUUAAUAAAAUGCAAGAUAAAGAUUUAGUAUCUUGGAACUCCAUGAUUGUCGGUUUUGCUUCCCAUGGGCAUGCAGUGAAAGCCCUUAAUGUUUUUAAACAAAUGCGAGAAAUGGGAUACAAACCCGACGAGAUCACAUUUGUCGGUGUGCUAUCAGCUUGUAGUCAUGGAGGUUUACUCGCUCAAGGAAGACGUUACUUCAAAGAGAUUGAGAACAAUUACGGGUUAAAACCAACAGUUGAACAUUAUGCAUGCAUGAUCGAUUUACUUGGAAGAAGUGGGCUUUUGGACGAAGCUUAUGGACUGAUAACGGAAAUGCCGAUGGAACCUGAUAAAGCUGUUUGGGGUGCAAUUCUUAACGCCUGCAGGAUGCACAACAAUCUUGAUCUCGGUAAACUUGCUACUGAAAAACUCAUAAAUUUAGAUCCAAAUGAUAGUGGUAUUUAUGUGCUUAUGGAGAGUUUAUGUGCUACUAGAUGUGAAUGGGAUGAAGUAAAAAAUGUUAGAAGUAUGAUGAGAGGGAACGGUGUUAAGAAAACUCCGGGUCGAAGUUCUAUAGAAGUGGAGGGCGAGUUUCAUGAGUUCUUGGUUGCUGAUAAAUCACACCCGAAAUCUGAAAAUAUAUACAAAGUGUUGGGUGAAAUAAUAUUGUUUUCGAGGUUGGAAGAUGCAUCCGAUGUUAACUUGUCUUUUGACUAGUGUACAUGCAUAGUCUAGACCGCUAGUGCAAGUUGUGUUUUACCUCGUUUAUUUGGUGGGGCACUGAGUAUUCUGAUGAUGGCUUCUCACUGUUAAAAGAAAAAGUUCAGAAAUAAGCCCUAAGAGCUUAUAAGCUACGUUAUUUGUAUAUAGGCUGGUAAGAAACGAACCGAUACCAAAAGUCUUGUAUCGUAGUGAUACCAAUGUGUGUUGGAAAGGUGUCCCUCCCCAUGAGGUUGAGGGUUCUAGUCCCAUUGUGGAUGAAAGGUGGAGGUUUAGGAGUAGAAUUAGUGGGUUUGCCACUCAAAAAAAAAAAAAAAAAAAAAAAUAAUGAACCGAUGUUCACCCAUAGAUACAAAUGGGGGUCACAAGACUGUACGCUAGUCGUUUCAGGGUUACAAAUGCAGCCAUGGAUCAUACAAACACACACAUGAUUAUAGUUGGUUCAAUUAAACCUUAAUUGUAUGAUUUUGUGACAUUAGAUUUAAAUUUUCAGACAUUUGUUUUGGACAUUCAUUCAAAUGAUGCAGGAUUUGAUAUCAAGUGUACGAUUUAACUUGUUAAACUCAAGAGCACUUGAGUAAUUAUAUGAAUGAUGAUGAUUUCCUACA